GCAGAAAAGGGGUUUGACCACCAUAACAGAGAGGUCUCGAGUAGUUUGUAAACAACUGAAGGUUCAGUCAGUAAAGUCUCUCCGCUGAGAUCCAGAAGGUAACGAGGAAACUUCACUAAACCAUCGCCCUCCUGUCCAGCAGACAGGCCGCCUCAAUGCAUUACAGAGCACCGACAACACCGACGACAUCAUGGAUGUAUACGACUUGUUUAGUAGCUGCAAGAAGGGCGACGUUAGUAGAGUCAGGUACCUUGUUGAACACAGAGAUGUGGACCUCAAUGUAAGAGACAAAUGGGACAGCACCCCGUUGUAUUAUGCCUGCCUCUGUGGUUAUGAGGAACUGGUCCAGUACCUGUUGGCUAGUGGUGCCAAGUGUGAAGCCAACACAUUCGAUGGUGAGAGGUGCAUGUACGCCUGCCUGCAAGACUCUAUUCGCCGCCUGCUGAAAGAGUACAAGUGUGUUAGCAUGCACGCUAUGCAGCGCGAUGACUUGAACUACUUUCUGCACAUGUUACUGGAGCAGGGUCAACACAGUGACGUGAAGUUUCUGAUUCACGGACAAACGUUCCAGGCUCAUCGCUGCGUUCUCAGUGCGCGCUCUGAGUACUUCAGUCAUAUGUUUGAGAGCAAGUGGCAAGGGAAGAACUUAAUAACCCUCAAACACCCUCUGAUCAACCCUGCAGCCUUUGGAGCAAUCAUGCAAUUUAUAUAUACAGGAAGGAUGGAUAUUGAUAUUAGCCUUGUGGAGGACUGCAGGCGACUUGCCAAACAGUGCAAGAUGACUGAGUUCAUAGAGGAACUGGACAAUGAGUGUAAACAGCUGUAUGAAUUUGUGUUCAACAAGCCAGGAAUGUGUGUGAAAGUCCUGACCCUGGAGCCUCGCAGCUGCCAGCUUCAGGAGGAGAUGGCUCAGUUAGCAAACUGUGCUCUGCCCAGCGAACUAAUUGUUGGAUUUGGAGAACUUCCCUUCAACAGAUUUGACACAUUCCCCACUUACCCUGACAUCUGCUUCAGAGUCGAGGGUUACAAUUUCUUAUGUCAUAAGGCGUUUUUCUGCGGCCGCAGUGAUUACUUUAAAGCCCUGCUGGAGGACCACUUCAGUGAGGGGGAGCAGCUGCAGUCCCAGCCCAGCACCUCAGUGAUUACGUUACACAACAUCUCCCAUGAAGUCUUCAUCCAUGUCAUGUAUUACAUUUACACUAAUUCCACAGAGCUGACGGUGGAGAACGUGUUGGACGUGCUGUGUGUGGCUGACAUAUACCUGUUGUCGGGACUGAAGCGUCUGUGCGGGAAGACGCUCGCCAUGACCAUAUGUGAAGAUAACGUCUUGUGCUUGUGGAAAACGGCCAAGCUCUUCCGUCUCUCUCGGCUGGAGGAUCACUGCAUUGAGUACAUGGCCAAGAUCAUUGAGCUGCUGGUGGAGCAGCCAGAGUUUGUCGAGAUCAUCAAAGAAGACGCCGGCUCGCUGGAGGACCGGCACGAGACUGACUCCGUCCCCCUGGUGGACGAAAUCCGCUACCACAUUGCGGGCAACGUGCAGACAUACAGUGAAAUCGAGGAGGCGAAUCAGAAGCUGGAGGCCCUGGAGGAUCUGCUGUGCAGCAUUAAUAUCGACUGCUGAAAGGUCAGCGGGUGGUGGUUUAAAGUCUGAGGUUGCAGCUGUUGCAGUGGUGUGUGAGGUUUUUAAUGCGUUUGCUCUGGCAGGAAAAAAACAAAAAAACAAUGACGGGGAAAAGCAAAGCGUAUAAUUCUGUAUGUUUGUUGGUUUUAUGUUAUUUACAGUGUAUUUGACAGAAUAUAUAUUUUCAAAAGGAGCCAUGUUACAGGUGUAUUUUCAGAAAGACUUUAAAUGUGAAAAACAUGCAGUAUAUGGAUUAUUAUGUGACCCUGCUCUGGAGUGUUGCUGAAUGUGUCUUGAGGUAAAGGGUGUGUUUUAUAUUAAUGGAAUAUCUUUGCAUCAUGUAUGCAUGAAUUUAUUUUACCUGUUAUUUGUGGCUUGUAGUUUUUUGGACUUUGAAAAUUGAAGUUUGACCCCAACACCAUUUAGCAACAGCUCUUGUAUUGAAGUCACGUUUAUUUUGUUACUAAAAGAACAGAGGAGUCCACCACGCUACGCACCAGCUUGCACUUUUAUUGGAAAAUGUGACGUAGCAAUAUUGCUUCGAUCCCACUGCUGUGCUGUGAUUUCAGUCACACGCAGGCAGGAAGUUUUUUUCUUUUUUCAUGUUGUUUACACGUUUGUUUGCGUCCUCACAAGCACAUGAAUAUGGACUUAAAAAUAAACUUAAAUACAAUUGAAACUGAUGCUUCUGCAGUCAAGCUGCGGCUUCUAGCAACUGGAAAAUCAACAUACAAUGCGCAAUAUUACCGGCACGAUAUCGGUAUCGGCCGUUAAUGGCUUUCAAAUGUAUUAUCAUGUAUCAGCAAACACGCAGAGAUCCCCCGAUAUGUAGGCUGAAUAACCUCCUUAACCUUUAUGUCCACUAUUAUGUUUUGCAUAGUGAAGAAAAUGCUGCGACACAAGUGUGCGUGUCAUAAAAACUGUCACAGCUGUGACGAUACACGCAGGAAUAUGUUGAGAAAGUAUAGCCCCAAAGGAAAGGGCUGUCUGAUUACUAUCAAAUAUUCAAAUUAAAGUGCAGUUAGAACAUCACAUACUUUUUUUUUUUGCCCCACCAGACACUUAUGUAACACCCCGAUUAUGCAUUAGUGCCUCAUUUCCUCCCACUUCAAAAUAAAUCCUAACUAUCCCUUUAAGGCAGAGGCUAAAUAAAGUCUGUUUAAUGUCCAUUUCCUGUCACUCAGUCAGUGACUCAGUCAUGGUCGUUAUGGGAUGUUGUGUUGUUGUACUGAGGUCAAACCAAAAGCAGUAAACAUUGACUUAUCCAAGCUUUUAUUUUUGAGGUUAUAUUAUUCUAGAGAUUUUAUGUUCAUAUCUUGAACUGCGGAUUUUAUGUUCACUCUUUAACGAAUGACAUUCCUGAGAGUGUGAGUCCCUCGUCUUACUCUUGCGUGUCUUCCGUUCGCUUGAAGGAUCGAAUCUGCACAUCAGCCUGUCUCGCCUGCCGUGAGCUCACAGGUAACUGUUUGUGAACGGUGUGCGUGUAAAAACCCUCCACUAACAGCAACAAUAUGUUUAGAUGAUGUCAUCCAGUACUCAGUCAAAGCUUGGUGGCGGGAAAGACUUGUUUGGACGAUUAAACGUG